AUGGCCAAAGAGGAAAUUGCUGAAUUUGAGUCUGAACUCGAGGUGGCAACAGUCAAGGGGGAGGAUCCUAUCAUGAAUUUGAGAGAGGGAGAUGUGAAUGAGAUUGAAGGCAAUGAAAGUGGUGAUGACUUAGACUUUAAAAAUGAUUAUUCUGAAAGUGAUGAUGAUGCUAUUAAUGAAGUGAAUGAAGAACCAAGUUCAUCAAUUCCACUUGACAUUUUUUAUCCUAAAAAUUGGGAGAACUUAGAUCUCAAGUGGAAGGAUCAAUUAGUGGAAAAGGGUCCUAUAAGAGAUGUAUUAACAGGGAAAGGUCCCAAAGACAGAUCAAAUAGACGAUUCUCUUCAGAUUUCUAUACUCGAAUUUUGCCAAAUGGUCAAAAACACCAUAGAGAUUGGUUGGUCUAUUCAAAAGCACUUGAUAAAGCAUUUUAUUUUUGUUGCAAGUUGUUCAAAAGGGGGCCUCAACCAAGUCAACUAGCAAAUGAGAGAUACUGCGAUUGGGGACAUCUUAGUAGCAGACUUAAGGAACAUGAGACAAGUAUUGAGCAUAUCAAUUAUUAUGCCAGUUGGUCUGAGUUGCGUAUCAGGUUAAUGAAGGGUACAACAAUUGAUCAUGCUAUUCAAGAUCAAAUCAAGAAGGCAAAAGAGCAUUGGAGGAAGGUAUUACACCGAUUAAUUUCACUUGUGGAAUUUUUGGCUAAACAAAAUAUAGCAUUUCGUGGUAGUAAUGAGAAACUUUAUGAUGAUAACAAUGGAAAUUUUAUGACUGCUGUUGAGAUGAUUGCUGAGUGGGACUCAGUGAUGAAGGAGCAUAUUGAAAGAAAUACACAUCAUCAUUAUCUUAGCCACAAAAUUCAGAAUGAAUUGAUAUGCUUGUUAGCUUCUCAAAUAAAGAGUUCUAUUCUUGAAAACAUUAAAAAAGCUAAGUUCUUUUCUGUAAUAUUUGAUUGCACUCCUGAUGUUAGAAACCAAGAGCAAAUGACUUUGGUUAUAAGAUGUGUUGAUGUUUCUAUAAGCCCAAUGAAAGUAGAAGAAUACUUUUUGGGAUUUUUAAAAGUGGAUGAUACAACAGGACAAGGGUUGUUUGAAGAACUGCAAAAUGUAUUGAAAAGUUUUGAUCUUGAUAUUGAUAAUGUGAGAGGGCAGGGAUAUGAUAAUGGGGCAAAUAUGAAAGGGAGUGGGUAUGAUAUAUUGGGUAAAGUUAAUAUUGUUAGAAAAAGCUUACAAUCUGAAAACAUGCUUAUUGACGUUGCAAUGACCAAGAUUAAGGGGUUAAUUGCUUCUUUUGAAGAGUAUAGAGAAUCUGGAUUUGGACAAGCUAUCAAUACAGCAAAAGAACUUGCUUCAACAAUGGAGAUUAAUCCUGUUUUUCCUGAAAAAAGACAAAUAUAUAGAAAAAGACAUUUUGAUGAGGUUACAUGUGAGUCUUCGAAACUACCUCAAGAAUCUGCCGAGGAAGCUUUUAGAAUUCAUUAUUUCUUGUUCAUAGUAGAUCAAACAAUUGGGUCAUUGAAGAAAAGGUUUGAGCAAUAUGAGGAAUAUGAAAAUCUUUUUGGAUUUCUUUUCAUAGCUGAAAAGUUGAGUUCAUUGAUUGAUGAGGACUUGAAAGCUCGUUGCAAGAAUCUUGAAAGGAAACUACAAAGAAAAAAUGGUACAAGACAAGAUGUUUCAGAUUUGGAUGGAGAUGACUUAUAUCAAGAACUGAAAAUCAUACAACAUAUUUUACCAAAGGAAAUAAAAACAGCAAGUGAAAUACUAAUUUUUUUGCAAAGAAUGAAUUAUUUCCCGAAUUCAUUCAUUACAUACAAGAUAUUAUUAACUAUUCCGGUGACUGUCGCAUCUGCAGAAAGAAGUUUUUCUAAAUUGAAGUUGUUGAAAUCUUAUUUGAGAUCAACCAUGACCCAAACAAGAUUGAAUGCAUUAGCUAUGAUUUCGAUUGAGAGUGAGUUUUUAGAAAAUCUCAAUUAUGAAAAAUUGAUCGAUGACUUUGCAGAUAAAACUGCAAGAAGAUCAGUUUUUCAUAGUUAA